UUCUAGAUGAUAUAUAUGAUGACUUCAAACACCAGAAUUAUGUAAUGCCAAAGAAAAAUAUUAAAGAUGAUCUUGAAGAAUUUAAGGAUGUCGAACGAUUAUCUUUGGUUCUCAAUAAUGUGAAACAAUACGUUUUGAAAAUUGAUAUGUCUAUGCGUCAACAAGAGUGA